AUGGAAACAAGAUCCACCAGGCGAAAAAAGUUGUGGUUUGGAUCAAGUGAUGAAGGUGAUAAUGACAUUGACAGGAUCAGUGAUCUCCCUGAUGCUAUCCUUCAUCACAUUCUCUUGCUUCUUCCCCUUCAAUCCAUUGCUCAAACCAGUGUCUUAUCGCAAAGAUGGAGGUCUCUCUGGUCAUCAUUUCCUGACCUUGAUUUCACCACAAUUAACCCUAGUAAGGCGAUCUGUUCUACACCAAAUCUUAAAACAAAAAGAUCAGCCUCGUCAUCGAUGGACUUUAUCACUAACGUUCUAGCUCUCCGUGACAAGCAUUCCGAUUUAAGAACCUUUCGUUUUCGUGCCCAUUUGAGCUUCUCCCGUCUAAAUGGUUUGAUCCGAAGAGCAAUUAGGUGUAAUGUGCAAGAACUUGAUGUGGAAGUCGCCACCGGUGAUUACUUCAAUUUCCCUCGAGGGGUCAUAACUAGUGAAUCUCUACGGGUUCUGAAGCUGAGAUCUCGGUAUCCUGGGUUUAGAUUGCUUCCAUCUUCGGUUAUGACUAUCGGGUUUCCAUCACUUCACACAUUGUCGCUGUCACUUGUCAUUUUAUAUGAACAAUCCUCCCUCUUGGACUUAUUUACAGAAUCAUCUUUUCCUUGUUUAAAGAAACUUAAUCUAGAAGCUUGUUUCGGGAUGAAACAUCUCAAGGUUUGUUGUCGAGCCCUCCAAGAUUUAACAUUAGAGAAUUGCUUUCAGCUACAUAGUUUGGACAUUUGUUGUGCAAAAUUGGAGAAUUUGAGAGUUGCAAGCUGUUUUGAUGGAUACAGUGAUAAGACAUGGUUUAAGGUUAAUGCACCAGGGCUUAGGAGCAUUUCAUGGGAAUAUAAUUCUAUUACUGCUAGCAGUUCUCUAGUGAACUUGACCUCUCUUCAUGAGGCCUCUAUUGGUUUCUCUCUACAUCAUGAAAAUUUGAGUGUGGAAAAGCUUCAGAGUGUAUGCAAUUUUUUAUCUGGCCUCUCUCAUGUCCAUAGUUUAACUCUUGAAAGCCAAUGUGUUGAGAUUCUAUCAAACAAGAAUGAUAUUAUACAUCUUCUCCAUCCAUUUAAUAACCUUAAGAUUCUGGAGUUGCGUACUGGGUUCGAGAAAAGUAAUGUACCAGGAUUAGCAUUCCUAUUCAGGAGCUCUCCCACAUUGCACACACUCAUUCUCAAGAUCAUCAAUGACUUCAAGAUUGAAAGAAGACAAUGGAAUAGGGACUUGUGGGACUUGACUACCUCUGCAGAGGAGCAAUAUUGGGAAUCCCAACUCCAAACUUUAAGGCCUUUCCUGGACAACCUCAAGGUAGUAAAGAUACAUGGAUUUUUAGAAUGUGAGAAUGAAGUUAGCCUAGCAAAAUUUUUGCUCAAGCAUGGGAAGGACUUGCAAGAAAUGACUCUUUGCACAGCAAAAUAUUGCAACCAUAAGGAUUCUCUCCGGCGACAAAAAGUUCGGUCACAAAUAAUGGGAUUUUCUUGGGCUUCCUCUAAUGCUAAAAUUGUGUUCUUACUGUCCUCUUCAUAG